AAAUUGGCUUGUUGCUUUGAUCUAAGCCGAAUCAUUCGCAUUAUGAUGGAUCCCACCCAAUUGCCCAAUAUAAUUUUUUUUUUGGUUCCUUAAAUCAGUUAAAAUAUUCAAAUUUUUUUUUGAAAACUUAUAUUCAAAAUUUUUUAAUUUCUAUUAGAAUUAAUUACAAUACUUUUUCACUUAUAAUUUUAUUGUUUUGCCUUGUUAAAAAAAAAAAAAAAAACUUAUAAUUUUAUUAUUUUUAUGUGUGUCUAAUGUAUGCCUGUGUGCAUAUUUAGUGAGAGAAACAUUAUUCCGUAAAAUAAGGUAAAAAUUGAUCCACUUUAAGAAAUUUUGGAAACAUAAUACGGCGCCUCCAAAGCAGCACAAAAGACGGCCAAAAUCCCGAUUGAUUGGCGGGAAUGAAUAUUAGUGGCUUAGAUUACAGCCGCAAUCAGCACUACUUCGCUCUAGGGUUUUAUCACCAGCAUCGACAACUAGGCCCAUCAAGAAGAUCCAACGGUUGAAAUACCUUCACCUUCCCGCCCAUUGUAGACCACCUUCUAUUACUGUAAAGUGUUAACAUUUUAUACGCAUUUAGGUUCCACACCGAUUUCUAUUACCAUUUAUAUUUCUUUAUUUUUUUCUUUUUUUUGUUCUUAAUCUAACACUCCCAAUUCCUUUUUCUAUCUCUUUCCUUCUCUCACACACACACGCACAAAUUCAAACACAAAAUCACGUUAUUCUUUUCUCAGUUUCAAUCAUCCAUAUAGGUUCAAUUCGUUAUCACAUCUCGGAAAUGGUGGGUUGUGGGAUACGAUUGAAGAAGAGAAACCCAGAGUGGCUAUCCAGUUUACUUCGUAGCAAAUUUUUUCGUUCUUGCGUUGAUCAUAGAGACCUUCGAAAGAAUGAAAAGAAUGUGUUCUGCAUUGAUUGUACUAUUUGCUUGUGCAAGCACUGUAUCGUGGCUCAUGACUUCCAUCGUUGGCUUCAAAUUUGUAGAUAUGUCUAUCAUGAUGUAGUCCGCCUUCAAGACAUACAGAAACAUCUUGACUGCUCCAAAAUUCAGACAUAUAAAAUCAAUGGUGAAAAAGCUGUGCAUUUGAAUCCCCGGCCACAAUCUAGAGAUCCCAAACCAUUAAAAUCAAAGAGCGGCGCAUCUUGUCAAGCCUGUGGAAGGUACAUACAAGACUUGCCUAAUCACUUCUGCUCCAUCGCAUGCAAGUUUUCCAAAGCUCAGGAGAUAUCUGAAGAUCCGAUCCAAAAGUUGAGCUCCUUCCCUUUUCCACAUAUCGAUUACCUAUCCUUGAAAGACAGCGAUGACACUGAAGGCAACACAACUGAAAAGGAUUCAUCUUUCUCUUUGAGCGAUUCGUCUCAGGAGAAUCAUUCCUCUGUAAGUUCGGUAUUGAAGCCGAAGAAGCAGUUGCACAAGAGGAAGGGCUUUCCUCGCAGAGCUCCUCUAAGUUAAAGCCUAAAACAAGCUCUAGGUUUUGUUUUACCUAUUCACAUUUUUUUGGCUUACGUUAAGGUAUUAACACAAUAAAACCACAGUUAUAGUGCUCUCUAUAAUGUUUUUUCAAGAAGCUAAGUCACUCUCAAGUAGCCCCUAUUUUCGGUUUUAGUUGGGGUUAGUUAGAGAGUGAUCCCUCUUGUCUGUCUGAGUAUAUGGUAUUAAUGUGGUUGUACAGCAUAAGGU